ACAGUAUUAGGCAAUUGAACGUAUUACAAUUGAAGUGUAAUACUUUUGUUACUGCGCCGCUCCACAGCCACUUGAUGUAAAACGCUAUCAUUGCGACAUGCAACAAAUUAGUCAUAAUUAAUGGGUUUACGUCCCUGCGUGAUCUUGAAUUGAUUCCUUACAACCCUUUUUGCUACAUUGAGCAAAUGCACUUCUUGAUUAUGCUUCCUUUGUGAACAAGUUUUAUGCUCUCCUCAGUCUAUUAUUAUGAUUGCAGUUGAUUGAUUGUUUCCGUUAGUUAUGUGAUAUUUGGCGUUAGCUCAAUAUAAUUAUUUGAAUUCCUUAGUGGCUACUUGGGAUCUGCAGUUAGUCAAGAGGGCAUUUGAAUUUGAAAAACGUAAUGUUGGAGUUACCAAUAGGUGGCUGGUGGACACUUUACUCAUUCCAAAAAGCCAUCAGCAUUUAUUGGCUGCCCAAAUCACGUGAUUUAACUAGCGCUUUGGAUGAAAUCGGCCAGCAAUCAAAGCGGAAAUCCUGUAGGCGUCUCGUCAAAGUAAAUCUCUUUCUGAAACUCAACUGACAACGAAAGUUUAGUAAACAAAGAAUGCUGAAAAAAUUCUUUUUCUACACUGUGGCGUUUGGUUUUAUCGGCGCAUCUGUGCUCUACUGCUGCGUUUACUUCUCACGACAUUACAAUUUUCAACAAGAACCAGUAAAAAACUUUUCCCCCCAGACCCACUUGAAUAAUCAUAAAAGCGCCGCAGAGUUGCAACUCGAUACCAGCGAUGACCUUUGGCACUCAUCAGACAGCGGACGUAAGACGAUCCUCUUGUGGCUACCCGUGUCUUACAUUUGGAGCAUUCAAAUGUCUUUAAAAAGUUGUUCCAUCGAUACUUGUCGAUUUACGACCGACCAUCGCCAAUUGAACAAGAGUGGCGCCGUUAUUUUCCACUUUCGGAAUAGCCAUCCGAUGGAUCGUUUACCAACAUAUCGACGACCGGAACAGUAUUACGUCUAUUUAAACUUUGAAUCUGCCAUUCGCAGCAAGAAUCAUUUUCCAUGGGGGAAAAUACCACGUCAUUUUUUCAACCUGACUGCAACGUAUCGUCUCGAUUCGGAUCUUAACGAAAAAACAUUUGGUGGGUAUCAAUUUGAACCCAAGGAAAAGCUGGAAAUCAAAGACGUGGAUUUAACCAACUAUUACGGCAUUAACAUCAAGUCCAAGACGAAAAUAGCCGCUUGGUUUGUGAGCAACUGUAAAACAUCAAUCAAUCGGGAGGGAUACGUUCGUGAACUACAGAAACACAUUCCCGUCGACGUGUUUGGUAAAUGUCUGGACAAUCACAAAUCGUGUCCGAGAGAAGUGCAAGGCCAGUGUGACAAGAUGCUGGAACGUGACUACCUUUUCUAUCUCAGUUUUGAAAAUUCUUUCUGCCCAGAUUACGUCACGGAAAAGUUCCACAGGGCAUUCGAGACGGGCACUGUCCCCGUCGUGUUUGGAGGUGCAAAUUAUUCCUUGUUUGCUCCUCCUCAUUCGUUCAUCAAUGCGCGUGAUUUCGGGACUCCCAAAUUACUGGCCGAUUAUUUACGGAAACUGAGCAAGAAUUCGGAUCUCUAUUCCCGUUACUUUGACUGGAGGAGAACAUUCAGUUUGCAAAAUAAUCCCGGCUGGCCCUGCAGACUUUGCAAAAUACUCAACGAUUCCGGCCGGAUAUCAAAGAGCUACGAGGAUAUUGAGGACUGGUUUUUCAACAAAUUGCCUUGCGAAAAUUACAAAUGGUCGAACCAAACAGCGAAAUGAUAUUUUCAGAAUUUGUUGCAAUAAGGCAAAUUCAACUAUUUUGUGAUAUUAAAUAAGGCACCGUCUUGUAUCUUUUGCUACCGUACUUUCUGUGCGGGUGAUAGAAAAAUAUUACAACUGGCAAAUAAAGAUCAAACUACUAGCAUACAAAA